CUCCGCGGCCGCCGCGCUCUCUCUUCUCUUUCUCCCGUUACCGGUGAAGGUGCAACAGUAAAUCGGUCGUCCCGAGCCCGGGUUCAUCCGACACCCUCACCAAGCUGAGCUCAGCCUAUACAGCAGCAACAUGCCUCCCAAAUUCGACCCCAGCGAGAUUAAAGUCGUGUACAUGAGGUGCACAGGAGGAGAGGUUGGAGCCACCUCCGCCCUCGCCCCCAAAAUCGGACCUCUGGGUCUGUCUCCCAAGAAAGUUGGUGACGACAUUGCCAAGGCCACCGGUGACUGGAAGGGUCUGAGGAUCACCGUGAAGCUGACCAUCCAGAACAGACAGGCAGUGGUCGAGGUCGUUCCCUCUGCGUCCGCUCUGAUCAUCAAGGCUCUGAAGGAGCCUCCUCGUGACAGGAAGAAGGUCAAGAACAUCAAGCACAGCGGAAGCGUGACCUUCGAUGAGAUUGUGGGCGUCGCUCGCGUCAUGAGGCAUCGCUCCAUCGCCAGAGAGCUCUCCGGAACCAUCAAAGAGAUCCUGGGAACCGCUCAGUCCGUCGGCUGCACCAUCGAUGGGCGUCCUCCCCAUGAUGUCAUCGAUGACAUCAACAGCGGCAAGGUUGAGUGUCCGUCUGAGUAAACGGAGGACAUCAAUAAAAGUUCAUAAAAACUAAA